AUGGGUGUCAAGGGAUUUGUCGAGGGCGGCAUCGCCUCAAUCGUCGCCGGCUGCAGCACCCACCCGCUCGAUCUCAUCAAGGUCCGGAUGCAACUCCAGGGCGAGGCCGCAGCGCCGCCGCCGCUCCACAACCUCCGUCCGGCCCUCGCCUUCCAGCAUCCCGCCGCAGCCCUCCACCACAACGUUCACGUCCCACCCCCGAGGAUCGGCCUCGUCUCCGUCGGGCUCCGGAUCGUGCGGCAGGACGGCGCCGCCGCCCUCUUCUCCGGCGUCUCCGCCACCGUGCUCCGCCAGACGCUCUACUCCACCACCCGGAUGGGCCUCUACGACGUCCUCAAGACGAAAUGGACGGAUCCUGCCGCCGGCACCAUGCCCCUGUCGCGGAAGAUCGUCGCCGGCCUAAUCGCCGGUGGGAUCGGCGCCGCCGUCGGGAACCCGGCGGACGUGGCGAUGGUCCGGAUGCAGGCGGACGGCCGCCUCCCGGAGGCGCAGCGGCGGAACUACCGGAGCGUGGUGGACGCGAUCCGGCGGAUGAGCCGGGACGAAGGGGUGGCGAGCCUUUGGCGGGGGUCGUCGCUGACUGUGAACAGGGCUAUGCUGGUGACGGCGUCACAGCUGGCGUCGUACGACCAGUUCAAGGAGAUGAUCCUAGGAAGGGGCCUGAUGGCGGACGGGCUGGGAACCCACGUGGCGGCGAGCUUCGCGGCGGGGUUUGUGGCGGCGGUGGCGUCGAAUCCGGUGGACGUGAUAAAAACGCGGGUGAUGAACAUGAGGGUGGAGGCCGGGGAGGCGCCACCGUACGCCGGGGCGGUGGACUGCGCGGUGAAGACAGUGAGGGCGGAGGGGUUGAGGGCGCUGUACAAGGGGUUUAUUCCGACGAUCUCCAGGCAGGGGCCUUUCACGGUGGUGCUGUUCGUCACGCUCGAGCAGGUCAGGAAGCUGCUCAAGGAUUUCUGA